AUGCAUCAAGCAGAUAGGGUCAAACUACAAUUUGGCCAUUUACAAGGGAUACCUGAAGAAGCUCGAUGCUUGGCUGAACACCAUAAGAUGACAACAAUAAAAGCGCGCCAAAAAGCAUAUACCACAUUAUACUCUGAUGAACAAAACUGUUGGUUGCAUCGAGAAUUGUGUACGUUGGAUGGAGAUCAAUUACAAACAGAGGAGAAACCGUCAAAUGAGUACAUGCAAUGUGAUUAUGAUUUACUGGAAAGUAUUUGGUCUCCUCCACAAGCUACCGCUCCUAGUCAAGAAAAUCCUCCAACAUCAGAUGCAACACAACAAAAUCCUCCAACAACAGAGACCGAACAACAAUAUGAUUUUGGUCAUCGUGCUCCGCGACCGCGUUAUUGUUUUAUGGGUACUCGUUUCGGACCGGGUCAUCAGUAUUAA